AUGCCUCUCUCUCUCUCUCUCUUUCUCUCUCUCUCUCUCCAUUUUUCCCAUCUUCUAAUAUACUUUCCUUUCUCUAUUAAUUUCCUCUCCCCUUUCUCUCCUUUGGUGUCGCCUCUUUCUCUUUUGACAUCUCCCCUUUCCUCUCAUCUGUUAUCCUUUUCUUUAUCUAUUGGUUUCCUCUCCUCUUUCUCUUUUAUGAUGUCUCCUCCUUAUCUUUUGGUAUCUGCCCUUUUCUCUCAUUUGGUAUCCUUUUCUUUCUCUAUUGGCUUCCUCUCCCUUUUCUUUCUUUUUAAGUUACUUCUUUCUCUUUUGACAUGCCACCUUUUCUCUCUAUUUGUAGCCUUUCCAUUCUCUAUUGCCUUCCUCUCCCAUUAUUCCCUUUUUAUGUCCUCACUUUUGCUUUUGACAUUCCACCUUUACUCUCUUUUGGCAUCCUUUGUCUAUUUUUUUCUCUCCAUUUUCUCUCUUUUUAUGUCUCCUCUUACUCUUUUGACAUUACCCUUUUUCUCUCUUUUGCUAUACUUUCCAUUCUCUAUUGCCUUCCUCUUCCCCUAUUCUCUUUUGAUACCCCCACUUUCUCUUUUGUCAUUGCCCCUUUUGUCUCAUUUGGUAUCCUUUCCUUUCUCUAUUGUUUUCCUCUUUCCUACUGGAGUAGUCACGAGGGAGAUAGAAUUCAUCAGAAGCAAUUGA